GGUCGAGAGACGGAGGAGGAGAAAUUGGUCGCUUUUUUCUUCUGGUUCUCUUUUGAGAAUUGGCGGUUAUGGAAUCUAAAGAGAUCAAGAAGGAAGCCGACGAGCUACACUCUGGAACAGCAGCGGCGUUUUCCGGCCAGACGCCGAAAUCCGCCACAGGCGGUCCCUCCAUUCUCGUUCCGCUAUCCCAUACUCUCAACCUCAAGCCCUAUAAUAGAAACAAGAAACGAGCAAAGAAUCAGUUGAAGAUCAAGAAGUGCCAAUCCGAGACUGUAAUUAAGGAUGCAGUAUCUCAUCAUGGAGAAAGGUUUCUAAGCCAUAAGAAACAAAAAGAUGCAGGUGUAGGGAGAUGCUCCCCUCAAGUUAAGUCACCUGCCAUGAUUCGGGCAGAGGAGGUUCAGUCAAAUUUAGAGCCUGCAUUUCCCAGUUUAGCAAAAUCUAUGGUUAGGUCCCAUGUUUCCUGCUGUUUUUGGAUGGGGCUUCCUGGGACUUUCUGUAAGUCACAUUUGCCAAAGAAGGACACUAUGAUGGUUGUGGAAGAUGAAAGUGGGAAACAAUUUGAGAUAAAAUACUUGGCUGAUAAGACAGGGCUGAGUGCUGGCUGGAGACAGUUCUGUAAUGCACACAACUUGCUUGAGGGAGAUGUUUUGGUAUUCCAAUUAGUUGAACCAACCAAGUUCAAGAUAUACAUAAUAAGGGCAAACGAUCUGACUGCACUGGAUGGGGCUCUUGGCCUGCUAAACUUGGAUGCUUGUACAAAACAAAAUGAGGCAGAAAUGGAUGCAAUGAAGAGUAAAGGAACGAAGAGGAAACUUUCAAAAUCUCUUCCGCUAGCUUUUGUUCAAAAGAAGAAUAAAAAGACUGGCCAGCAGGGAUUGGCUUCUAAUCCUGGGCAACUAGCAAUGCAAUCUGAUUAUGAUAGUGAAGAUGUUGGUUCAGAAGUGCUAGAAGGAGUAAAGCUCUCUGCAAAUACUAUUCAAUUUAAGGACAUGACAAAAUUUGAGAACUUCAAUAUCUUGGUAGAUGGCUUGGUUAUAGAUUCUGAGCUCUUGGAAGACGUUCACAAUAAGUACUACAAGCUAUGCUGUAGUCAAAAUGCAUUCCUUCAUGAAAGUCUCAUCCCGGGCAUCAAUUUGAAAUUGAUAGUUGGAACUAUAUGUGAGACUGUCAAUAUAGCUGAUGCUAUAAGACACUGCAAGCUUACUACCCGCAGGGAUGAAUUUGAUAGUUGGGACAAUUCCUUAAAAGCCUUUGAGCUGUUAGGUAUGAAUGUUGGAUUCUUACGUGCUCGCUUACGCCGGCUUGCACACCUUGCGUAUGAUUCAGAAGGUGCUGCAGAUACAAGGAGGUACAUGGAAGCCAAAACAGAACAAGCUCACACUGCAGAUGAGAUCAGAAAUCUUGAAGCCAAGCUUGCGGAAUUGAAGGGGGCCUAUGAAAGGUUCACUACUGAAAUUGAGGAAUUGAAAUCAAAAGCAGAGAGUUAUGAGAUGAGAUUCCAAGAAGAAGUUAGUGCUCCAUGGUGAUUUGCCCUUCUUAUAUGAUGUCGGUCUGAAGUGAAGAGUCAGGGUCCUUUUUGUCUUCCCUCCCCCCCCAACUCAAAACCCUGAGGAUGGUAACCCAGCUCUAUCUGGAAGAUGAGGACUGAAGAUUACUGUGUUAAGUAUCAUGGUAUCAUUAUCAUACAUUCAUAUCAUCACUUUAAUAUUUUGCAGUCCUUUGGCUUUCUCAAUUUUAUCUUAUCUUUAUUCAUUUUGCUCUUUUAUCUCCCUUCAUUUAAAAUUGAAUAUUUCCAAAAAUCUUUCUCUAUUUACAUGCAUGUAAGAGAGCCUUAUUUUCGUUGUUUCUUACAAUUCUUCUACUUGUUAUGAUUUUGGCCUUGGAAAUUAACAUGUGUAUUUUUAUUUCUUAAAGCCCUUUUUUCAUUUUUAAUUGAGGGUUUUGCAGUGAGAGAGAAGCAAACUCUAUUUACGGGUGCCUAUUUGUAUGGUAAUCCGCUGCCUCGCCCAUCAGGUCCAUUUGGAUGUUUGAACCAAAGUUGACAAACUCUGGGCUUAAAGCCCAUUUCUGUUGGAACCAGACCCUGGGCUUAUUUUAAGGCCGGGCUCGUUUUUAUUUUAGA